AUGGAUAAGAGUUGUGCCACUGAUGUGAGGGAAAAACUUCUGGCCCUAGACACUAAACGAGCACAGAUUGAACAAGAAAUUUUAGAUUUAAAUAACAAACUUAACAGUGCAGAAAUGGGUUUUGUCGGUUUAAAACAACCGCUAGUGGAUAAGGAAGGAUUUCCCUUGUCGGACAUCGAUAUUUGCACCGUGGCAAAUGCCAGACAUAAAUUGAUCUGUCUCGGGAAUGACCUUAAGCAACUAAUGGCGGAGGUUGAACAGAGGCUCAUUGAUUACCACAAAAGCUGUUCAAAGUGA